AUGGAUUUUGGGGACCAAACUGCAUAUAUAAGUGCAGUGGUUGUCGGAAUGAACAAUGCAACAAAACCAAUGGCGCGUGCAAAUCAGGAGUGCGACGAUGGAUUUUGGGGACCAAACUGCAUAUAUAAGUGCAGUGGUUGUCGGAAUGAACAAUGCAACAAAACCAAUGGCGCGUGCAAAUCAGGGUGCAAAUAUGGUUUCAAGGUGUCGGCACGCUGCAAUGAUGAAUGCGACGAUGGAUUUUGGGGACCAAACUGCAUAAACAAGUGCAAUGGUUGUCGGAAUGAACAAUGCAAUAAAACCAAUGGUGUGUGCACAUCAGGGUGCAAAGAUGGUUUCAAGGAGUCGACACACUGUGAUGAUGAAUGUCAGAAAGGAACGUAUGGUCAAGAUUGCAAUCAGACCUGCGGACAUUGUCUGCAUCUCGUUCCAUGUGACGUUGUAAGCGGCCGCUGUGAGAGCUGCCUCGAGGGUUACACGGGUGACUCUUGCGAUACACUUGUUGAAGAAUCGAAUCAGUUUCCAGUGGAACUAGUAUCCGGAGUUUCGACAGGGAUUCUAAUUCUUCUUGUCGCGCUGAUUAUGAGUGUGGUUUUAUUGAUAAGGAAGAAAAAAGGCAAACGGACCCAAGAACAUUCAAAUGUAACAACUGUUCGCGAGCCAAUUAGCAGCGUCAAUGACGAACCGCAACAAAUGGCCGCUGAAAAGUCAGAUAAUGAGCAAAAGUGUUUGCCUGCGCAAUCUGCUGAUUCGGUUACUACAACGGUCAUCCAGGAACCGGUUUAUUCGAACAUGAAGGACCUUCCGCCUGUAGAGUCCUUGGGGACCGCCAUCGCCCUGUGCCAACUGCAGGGAUAUGUGAUGUCAAAAAGCGCAGAUGAGCCCUUCUUUUCUUUAGAAUUUAAGGUACAUGACAAGUCUUAA